GCCACUUUCCGCGUUCCCCUGUGGCGGGCUCUGCGGUUCAGGAGGCUGAAGUUUUAGUCGGGGUGGAGGCAGCAGUCGGCCAGCGGCAAGAUGUCAUUGAUCAGAGUGAAUCGCUUUGGUCCACGGGGAGGUGGAAGAAAAACUCUGAAAGUAAAGAAGAAAGCUUCAGCGAGGCAAGAAUGGGAUAAUACUGUAAAUGAUCUAACAGUUCACCGGGCAACUCCUGAAGAUCUGGUACGCCGUCAUGAGAUACAUAAGUCAAAGAAUAGAGCAUUGGUGCACUGGGAACUUCAAGAAAAAGCUUUGAAGAGAAAAUGGAAGAAACAGAAACCAGAAACUUCAAAUCUUGAAAAAACAAGAUUAUCUAUCAUGAAGGAGAUUCUUUCUGAUCAGUACCAGGCGCAGGAUGUGCUGGAGAAGUCCGAUCAUCUGAUAGCCGCAGCCAAAGGUCUGUUUGUUGAUGCUCCUCGUAAGCGCACAGGGUUUCCAAAUGUAACCAUGGCUCCUGAUUCCUCUCAGAGUCCCAUUGGAGUGAUUCAAGACCCUGUCGCCCAGACCACCCUUAAUGAAUCUCUCAUAGAGCCUCAGGCUCUUAAUGAAGUAGAUGAUGGAGAAGAGAGCACUGCUCACAGCCAGUCCGAAGACAGUGAGAGCGAACUGCCUAACUCCCUGAGCUCGCAGUCUAACAGGAACACAGAGAGGUUUCUUCAUCAACUAAAGGAAGAGAAUUCUGAGUUAAUCAAUCAAUUGUGGACUGAUAUUCAGCAGAAAAUCGCUACCCAGUCACAGAGAACCCCUCCAGGAACCCCGUCCUCGGUGCUCUCAGCGGAGGAACAGAAAGCUGCUCUGAAUGCGACCGAUGCUGUCAAGAGAAUCCAGGCUGGGCUUCAGCCCGAGGAGUCUGUGGAGACUGUAGACUCCAGCUAUACGGUGGGACAAGUGCUGAACUCAAGGAAGCAAAAGCAGCUGCUAAAUAAAGUGAAAAGAAAACCAGAUAUGCGGACUCUUUCCAAGCAGAAGAAAAACAUGUUAUCCUCCAGCACAACCUCCACAGACUUGCCAAGUAACAACUCCAGCCUGGAUGUCCUCAAACACAUGAUACAUGAAGUGGAACAUGAAAUGGAAGAAUAUGAGCGGUGGACAGGGCGUGAGGUCAAGGGGCUGCAGGGUGGUCAGGGGCUCACAGGCUUCACUCUGUCCCUGGUAAGCUCUCUCUGCCGCCUGGUCCGGUACCUUAAAGAGAGUGAGAUUCAACUUCGGAAAGAAGUAGAGACAAGGCAGCAGCUGGAACAGAUGUUAGGUGAUCACCGAGAGCUCAUUGAUGCUCUGACAGCUGAGAUUCUCCUCCUCCGAGAAGAACACAGUGCCACACAGGCGAGACUUCAGCAAUACAUGGUCACUACAGAUGAGCAGCUUAUAUCGCUCACACAUGCCAUUAAGAACUGUCCUGUGAUAAAUAACUCCAGACAAGAGGGUCAAGCAUCAGAAAGGGCAGCUAUGGGUAGAAGACCUGUGAAUAAUAUAGAGGGGCCUGUUGUAAGCAGUAAUGUCUCCAUGCCGUCGAUGUUCAGAGGGGAAGGAGCCAUUGAAUUCCCACAGGAAGAGUUGCCUGUUAAACUGUCUCAGGGGCCAACCCCCACAGAGAACUUGAAUCUGGCUAAUAAUUUCCCAGCACAUAUUUUCGAGCCAGCUGUGAUGUUAACACCACCCAGGCAGAAGAGCAACUCAGAAUUCUCUCCUCUGCAGGAUGUAUUGAGGAGAACGGUUCAGACUCGUCCUGCCCCACGAAUCCCUCCCACUGUGGAAGUCAUAGAGAAAGAACAGAGCUGGGAAAAAAAGACCUUGCCUGUUGACCUUGACAUUCAGAACUCAAGUGAGGAAAAUCGCCUCUUCACUCAGAGGUGGAGAGUUUCUCACAUGGGAGAAGAUCUGGAGAACAAAACCCCGACACCAUUUGUUAGCCUGUCACAGCCGCCUUGCAGUUCCCUUCCCUCCACUCAGCAAUCGAGAAAUCCUGUGUUCUCAGAGGAGCCCCCGGUGCUUGGAGAUGGGCAGCAGCUUAGAACAAGUGGGGCAUUGGCACAGAGGAAGGACAUAGUGGCGCGGAUUGCUGAGUUGACACUGCAGAAUUCAGCCAUCAAGGCACACCUGAAUAAUGUUCCUGGGCCAGUGGGAGAGCAAGGCGAUGGGCUUCGGGAGCCAAGCAAACAGGGAAGUGCCGGUGACGGGACUGCUAAUUUUCCAGUAGUUCCAUCUCUAGUGCCAAGCAGCAUGGAAGAACGGAUUGCAGAGUUGAACCGGCAGAGCCUGGAGGCGCGCGGCAAACUGCUGCAGCUGAUAGAGCAGCAGAAACUUGUUGGCCUGAGCCUCUCCUCGCCAGUGUCACCCGCUCAGUCACCGCUCAGAGCCUGGGCCGAAGAAGGAAAGCGAACCAUCGAGGUGUCUAUUCCAGGAAUGGAGGCUCCAGAGAGUUCGAAAUGCAAUACCGUCUCUCCUGUCAGCGGGAUCAGCUCAAGACGAUCUUCAGGGGCUACCAGCAAUUCUUGUUCUCCACUAAAUGCCACCUCGGGAAGUGGGCAAUUCACACCUGUUAAUCCAAGAACAAAGACUGAAAAGCAAAGUGAAGAAGGCUGGUUCGCUCUUUCUACCCACAUGUCAUAGAAAUUAAAUUGGAGCGUGCCCUGAGUGACUUCUUCUCGCCUUCCCCUCCCUCUUCGUGAAUCCUCUUUGCAAGUUCUGACAUUUCUCUUCAGAUAAAAACCUGCAAAGAUAUCCCGUAUUAAUGGAAACAAGAAAAGAAGAAUUAUUUUAAUAUUUUACUUUUUCAAAUAGGUUUUUCAACAAAGCAUCUAACCUAUGAAGUUCCUGUGAAUAAAACUUUGACUGUAGGAAAAUUUCAGUUUUCUAUUUGAUUAGCCUUGUUAAACUUUUUAGUAAUAUAUUGCUAUCCUUGUCAUUGCUGUUGAAUUUUUAUUUUUGUUGUUGUUCUUGUUUAGUGCAUCUUAAAUGUGGAUGAGCUUCCCAGGACAACUAAAUUGCUUUAUGUAUAACUUACAAUAAAAAUUUUCUGGCUCUCAGAAAAAUAUGGUAAUUUCUUUUCUGCUAUCCAUCAUUCCAAACGAAUGUGCAGCUUUAAAAAAGCAAAAGCCUGAGGCUGUGGCGUCUACCUAUAAUCCCACCAUUCAGAAGCCUGAGGCUGUGGCGUCUACCUAUAAUCCCACCAUUCAGAAGCCUGAGGCUGUGGCGUCUACCUAUAAUCCCACCAUUCAGAAGCCUGAGGCAGGGGGCUCUCUAAUAUAUAAUGAGUUCCAUGUCAGCCUGAGCUUUGUAGGAUAGGAGGUGGGCGUAGGAAUGUUUAUUUUUCUUAAGCAAGUAACAGUGGCUGUGUGCUUAAUAAAAUUUUUAAUGUGGGUUUUAAGUGUGAAAAUUUCAAAAAUGAUAAUGUACAUCUAAUAAAUAAUGAUUCCAACUAUAAUGUUCAGAUGUCUAAAUGCAGUCCAUUGAUUUAAUGAUAAUGUUAGAAAAAGAAAUAUAAAAACUGUUCUCAAUUUUUCUUGCCAUAAAUUACCCAGAAUGAAUUUCCUUUCAUGAAUUGACUGGUUCUUAGUGUUGGCUUCUGUUUCCAGUGAUGUCUACCAUGCUGUGAUGGGAAUUUCCAACCUCAGAGAGUUUGGGGGGUGGGGGUGGGGGUGUCAGGAGGAGCAUUACUCUGAAGUCCCCAGAGUUCCCUUACUCUGCAGGUGAGAACCACGGUCUAGGAAUCUCACUGUGUAACUCUCUCCUGGGCUUCUCAGUUGUAGCAAAAAAUAAAAUUAUUUUCUUCUAA